UGUAUUUAUUAACACGCUCUUUUUUAAUUUUAGUCAAGAUAGAGUUUUUGUUUUGAAACCUGUUCCCAUUUUCCUUAUUGUGUUUGUUAUCAUUCAUGGGGUUUGUCGGUGACUAAAGAAAUUAGUAGGAAUUUCAUGACAAUUUUUAGACAAAACUGAAUAUGUUAAGUACACGGUUACUUCAUGGCGCUGGUGCAUUAUCUUCAAUUUUACACAGUCCACGAACAAUAAAAUGUAGCAGUAAGGUAUUGUUGACUUCAUAUUUGGGUCUUAGAACGGCUGCCAGGUUUGCUUUGCCGCAACACUGUGGUUGCCUUACAACCUCCUUAGCCAAACAUGGGACAAAGAUAUUGUCGAGGAGGGCAGUUACUCUAGCAGCUGAAGCAACGCAGACAUUGCCUAGAACACAGAAGAUUGUGGGGUACUGGCUCGCAGGUUGUGGUGGCAUGGUCUUCUGCGCUGUUAUAUUGGGUAAAAAAAUUUAAAAGAUGUCUUAUUUC